UAUGAGGAUGAUGAAUGUUCAUGGAGCCUUUUGUAAGAUUUUGUUUACUCUGCAGCCCUAGGAAUUGUUUACCCAAAGCAAUUUAUUAGCUCUAUGGUUUGAAGAGUAUAUUUAAAGGGAAAGUAAUAGACUUCUGAUUCAUUAUGCCAAUAUAUUGAACCCAUUGAAGUGAUCAUCAGGACAUAUUAAAAAUUAAUGGUAUUGCCAUUCAUUAAGAAGGAAGUAGUUUUGUUUUCAUAUGUAGAGUUUUAACCCAUAUAUACAUAAUAAUGUUCCAUUUUUUUCCUUCAUGUUAUCCGGAAGGAUCGAGCAAAGGCUAUUGAGAUUCUUGACUAGGACCUUAAGGUUUUUGCAUCCUUCAAUGAAGAACAUUUGAAGGAGAUUUACCCAGCUUCUUACACUUGAUAACUUUAGUUGAUUUAGUUUAAAUUGGCAGCAUCAACAUUGCAAGAAUCCUUGUCCAAACCCUGAUCUUAAAACACUCUUCACUGAUCAUUCUUGCAACCCUACGGCUAAUGGAGCUAGUCUUUCUCCUACAAACAGUCCAGCUUGUGGGACCAAUUCCUAAGGCUGGUGCAUUUUGGUUAUUGGUGCUCAUGGUCCAUUUCAGAGUGUUGUUUCCCCAUCUCCAGGUGCUAUUGCUGGUUAGAUGUCAAACAAUAGUCCUUCCUUACCUCACCUUGCUGUGGCAGCAGGCCCCACCGGUCUUGUGCAGUCUUCUAGUGCAGGUGUCUUUUGCUGGUGGAGCACAUACUCCCAAUGUAUAUUCUCAAGACAACCUAACUAAAGCCGUUGUGCGAACCCUUAAUCAAGGAUCUAAUGUCAUGAGCAUGGACUUCCAUCCACAGUAGCAAGAUAUUCUUCUUGGUAUAAAAUUAGAAAAAAAA